CUUAAAUAUGGCUACGCGUUCUUUAUGGGGAGUUGCGGCCAAAUUUAUGGCGGUCGGCACCGCCGUCGCGGGCGGAAAUGCCGGCGCCACCAUUUUAACUUCCGACUAUCCUCCGGUGACGUUUAAACUGUGGACCAAUGGCCCUGUACGCCUCUUUCGCGACGCUUUCACCGCCGCUAGUAUCGCCUUCGAUUAUGAAUAAUCUCUGCUGGGAUUACCAGAAGGGAGCACUGAGUAUUCAAAAAUGAAACAUGAAGUUCAUCUUAGAAGUGCUCUUAAGCUCCACGAUCUAUGCUUCAGAAAUGGAGAAUAUAUAUUAAGCUUGGUCAACAUAUUGGUCAAUUGGAAUAUCUAGUGCCGGAAGAGUAUGUAAAAACAAUGAGGGAGUCUAUGCUGAAUAAAUGUCCGGUUUCAUCAUAUGAUCAAGUGUGUGAUUUUAUAAAGAAGGAGCUUGGAGGGAUGCCAAAUGAAAUUUUUGCCAAAUUUGAUCCUGUUCCCAUAGCAAGCGCUUCCCUUGCACAAGUUCAUGUUGCACAGCUGCAUAAUGGCCAAAAAGUCGCUGUGAAGGUACAGUAUGCUCACAUGACUGAUACUGCGGCUGCAGAUUAUGCAACAGUGGAGCUGAUUGUAAACACUCUUCAUCGGUUGUUUCCCAAUUUUGAUUAUAGGUGGUUGGUCGCUGAAGUUCGAGAAAGCUUGCCUAAGGAACUAAACUUCUUGGUGGAGGCACAGAACAGUCAAAGAUGUUUGCAUAAUUUUCAGAAACUAUCACCACAUAUAUCAGACAGUAUAUACGUUCCAUUGGUCUACUGGAACAAGAGUACCAAAAAAUUGCUAACUAUGGAGUAUAUAGAUGGUGUUCAAAUUGAUGAUGUGAAGGGCAUUCGGAAAAUGGGAAUUCUACCAUACGAUGUUUCCAGACUGAUUAGCGAGGCUUUUGCAGAGAUGAUUUACAAACAUGGAUUUGUGCACUGUGAUCCACAUGCAGCCAACUUGAUAGUUCGCCCAUUGCCUUCAGGCAAAAGAAAUAUAUUAGGUAACUUUUGUCCAUGUACUUUUGCAUUGCACAAAAUAUUGUGUCUAAGAUUGGUCUAUCCAGGAAAGAUGGUAAUACCAAAUUCAAAUCUUAUAUGAUAUACGCUCAUGUUCCGUCAAAAACCAUUUUCCUAAUCAAGGAAAGUCACCCCAUAUCUCAAAAAGGUAUCCUAGUAUUAUUAUCAACAUGGUUCCAUAAGGCCCCGUUUUGGAUACUUUCACUAAGCCUUCACUAUGAACAAUUGAACACAACCAAAAUCAACAAUGAUAAUGGUGGGUGUAACACCAAUAUAAACAACCUAUGCAUCGACAAAGGCAGUGAUGGAUCUUGAAAGUUUUUCUUUUAGGGGCCAAUAAUUUCUUAUAUAAUUUUACGUCUAAAACAACAAUAUAAUAAAAUAAGCGUACGAAAGUUAUUCACAAAUUUAAUAAUACAUACCAAAGUUAUUCACAAAUUUAAUACUAUCAUUAAUGUAAUAUAGAAUAAUAUCAUUAAUGUAACAGUUAAAAAAAAAUUGAAACUGAUAAUUACUGAUGUUUGUUUUUAGCCUUUUAAUUGUACUCCCUUGGAAUAAGUGCAUAUAUACUUUAGUUCAUUAAAUUGGUGGUUUGAUGGCAGAAUGGAUAACAAGGGAGAGAGGGCGGGCUUUGUGGGUAGUGGGGUUGUCAGUGUUUUGUUGGGAAUUGGGGUAGUACUCCUAUUUAUUUGACUUGCUUUCUUAGAUAAAUAGUGUGUAUUUUAUGGGCCUUUAAGCCUUUUCAUAUUCAAUUUUUUUUCCUAAACCUAUCAGGGGCCAAGCCCCAUUGAGCCUCUUCAAUGAUCCGCCCCUGGACAAAGGUGGGUGCGUAAUGAAGGAUUCUUGACACCUUAGUAAGACCUAGGAUGCCUAGUUGCGAUUGAAACCAUCCACUACAACAUAUUUUCUAAAUAACCAUUUAAUUGAAUCAAAUUCAGUCUCGAGACUUUAGAGGCUUAUUGAUGAGUCUAUUAUGGACCUUAUGGUUUCAAGGCAACUUUUAUGACCAUGAGAAACAACCCCCAUUCCCACCAUAGUUUUUGAAAAACUUCCUGAAAUAUGUCUGAAAGCAUGGGUUGACCUUUACUUUUGGAAAUUUCCGACAAUUUUGUACCCGAAAAGGAAAGAAGACCAUAUAUUCUAUGGACCCCACUAAACCUCAAGAGCCCACUGGUGUUUGGAACCGUCUACUUUGUCUUUUAGUGUUAAAUUAUCCAAUUACGAGCACACCUCCGAUUAAGCCGACUACAUACAUACAUAUAUGGUUCCAAACAAUCUUUUAUGAAUCCGAGAUGCAUCCCUUUCGAUUUCAUGAGUUUUCUACAUCGGAUCCUAAAAUCUCUGAAAAAUGAUCUGAAAGCGUGGAUUAUAGCCUACGAUUCCGAAGAAUUUCGACUUUUUUUUACCUGAGGUCAUGGUGCUUCCCAUGGACCCCAUGAGGCCCCGGGUGACCAUAUGGGUGAUUAUAAUUGUCCAAUUUGCCUCUUAACUAUUUAUUAAAUCAAUCAUGGACAUGCCUCUUGUUAUUGACUUAAGAACACCACAAACAUUAAUGUGACCAACUUGUGGGCGUAUAUGGGAAAUCAUGGAUGACCUCGAAAUUUAUCCCUCAGCACCACUUGAAUCAACAAAAUUUCGAAAUAAUCAUAUAAUUAAACUACAAUCAUUCUCAAAACAUAAACCUAUUAGAGGUCUGUAAUGAUUCUAAACCAACUUUUAUGACCCAGAUGCAUAUAUUUGAGCUUAAACUGAAUUUUCAAUUAAAAGUUCAUAUUAAUCAAAAGAAAAGCAUAUGGAUUAGGACAAUCUAAUGACGAAUCAAGUUAAUUAAACACGGCUAACGAGCUGAGGACUAUUUCCAAUUCACAAAUCAAUAAUAACUAUAUACUAAAAGCGAAUCAGAAAUGAUACAUGUCAAUUUCUAUUAAAAAAAUUUCCCGCCUUUUUUUUUUCUUUUCUUUUCUUUUUUUGAUUUAUUUUGGUCAAAUCUUCCUAACAUAAACUAUAAUAAUAAUAUUUUCCUUUCUACAUUAAUUACAAGGUAAUAUAUUAGAAUAUAUUAUUAUCCAAAAUUUCUCCAACUUUAUUAGUUUUGUAGAAAUAAAGACUAUUUCUGUUAAUAAACAAGAAAAAUAAUUUAGUAACAAAUAUAAACGUAUAUACUUUGUUUUCCUACUCUUAAAAGUCAUACUAAUAAUAUCAUGUGUCAAGAUUUUGUACAAAAACUUACCACCAAUUUUGUUUUCAA